UGUGACGUCAGCGCGCCGGGCGGAGUUUAGUCGGCGGGCGGCGAGCUGAAGACAUUUUCUUGAACAUCCAUAAUCAGGCAUUCAAAUGGAGGAAGAUUUUAUUGUCAGAAUUCGUGGACUUCCAUGGUCAUGCACUGCCGAUGAAGUGUUGCGGUUUUUCUCAGAUUGCAAGAUAGUAAACGGAACUGGUGGAAUACACUUCACUUAUUUGAGAGAAGGUCGCCCAAGUGGAGAAGCCUUUGUUCAGCUACAAACUCAGGAAGAUGUAAAAGUUGCGCUUGCAAAAGACCGUGAAAGCAUGGGACAUAGAUACAUUGAAGUUUUUGAAACUAAAGCCACUGAAAUGGACUGGGUACUAAAACACGUUAACCCAACUCAAACGGAAUCAACAAGCGAUGGAACAGUACGCCUUAGAGGCUUACCCUUUGGAUGCAGCAAGGAGGAAAUCCUGCAGUUUUUCACAGGGUUGGAAAUCGUGCCAAAUGGGAUAACAUUGCCGGUGGACUACCAGGGGAGAAGCACGGGGGAAGCCUUCGUGCAGUUUGCAUCAAAGGAGAUAGCUGAAAAAGCACUGGGGAAACACAAGGAAAGAAUAGGGCACAGGUAUAUUGAAAUCUUCAGAAGCAGUCGAGGAGAGAUUCGAACUUAUCAGGAUCCUCCGCGAAGGUUAAUGGGACAACGUCCAGGACCAUAUGACCGACCAAUGGGUGGAAGAAGUGGCUAUGGUGGUCCAGGCCCUAUGCGAGGGGACAUGUAUGACCGUUCACGCCGAAACUCUGCUUAUGGCGGUGGCUACGGCAACUAUGAGGAUUACGGUUAUAAUGAUGGUUAUGGGUAUGGACGUGAUGGAUAUGGACACAAUAUGAGAGCAGUUGGAAUGAUGGAUAGAGGGAUGAGUAACCGUGGUUAUGGUGGAGCAGGAGAUGCCAGUCCACUUUUCCAGAACGGUACAGGUCAUUAUGUACACAUGAGAGGACUACCCUUUAGAGCUUCGGAAGGUGAUGUUGCCGAUUUUUUUUCACCGCUCAUUCCCGUCAAGAUCAACUUUGAAUAUGGGUCUGAUGGGCGCCUGACUGGAGAAGCUGACGUUGAGUUUGCCACUCAUGAAGAUGCUGUUGCAGCCAUGUCUAAAGACAGAGCACAUAUGCAACAUCGGUAUAUUGAGCUCUUCCUGGAUUCUACUGUCAAUAUGGCAAGUGCUUAUGGAGCUCAUCGAAUGAGUGCUAUGGGCCUUGAUCAUUACGCUACAGGUAAUCAAGGAGGCUAUGGGCAUAAUGGUCAGGGUAUGGGAAAUAGCUAUGGCAACAUGGGAAAUAGUUAUGCAGGCUAUGGAAAUUCUGGAACCACACGUGGAUACGGCUAUGGUGGUUUAUCAGGAUAUUCCAGUAAUGCAAGUCAGAACAUGGGAAUGGGUAACUUGGACGCUAACAUGACUGGAUGGAGAAUGUAACCUGUUUCGCAACUGGUCCUUGAGUCUAAAGCUUCAAGAACCUAAUCUGCCACAGUUUCAUAAUGGAUGACCAAUGCAGCAACACUGCUAUUUUCUUCCAAGAUCAAAAGCAGUAAUAUUUUUACUAAUAGAGCUACUUUGCAAUUCUUUUUAUUUUUUUACAUGUUUUGGUGUAAAAGUCUGGAAAUGUUGCCCAACAUUGGGUGACUUAAUUUGUUUGAAGCUUCAGGUAUUUUGCCUGAUGCCACGGGGGGGAGAAUUUGUUUUUGAUAAAUUUUGACUCGAGUGAAUGUGGCAAAUCAAAGUAAACAUCUAGUGCAAAGCUUUCUUUUGACCUUGUGUUUGUUUUAAAUCUAACUUGGAUCAUUUAAAGCUCAAAUGAGCAGGUUGUGUGAUUGUAAGUUAUCUUCUACUUUGGUGGUACCAUUGGAAAUGGAGAGGUUCGAUAGUAUUUUUGUCAAUACUAUUACCAGAACAUCAACUGAAAUGUCUGUAAAUUUGCUCCGUUGUUAGCACAUAUGCAUUAAUGGGCAUUAGGUAAAACAUCUUCUGUGUUCUCUUCUGAAAGCAGUUUUUAUACCAUGUUUUCUCUUCAGCCCAGUAAUGUUCCACGUUCUAGUUUGUUGAAUUUUUUUUUUUUUUUUUUUUUGUGUGUCAUCCUGUUCACAUUUUCUCCGUUGCCCUCUCCCCAUUUAGUUCUGACAUUCAGUCGGGUUCAGAUAAAGCAGCUCCCAGCAUUUUCAUUUUGGCUUCGAUUAAAGCAUUUCGCCCAGUUUCGACUUUCUGGAAUGCACUUGCGAUUAAGCUGGCGAGCAAGUGUUGGGGGUUGAGUUGUCACCUGUCCACUUCAGCUGAUUCUUUGGCAUUGGAGUUCAACAAAACAUGUUUUUCCCAGCAGUUGCUAUGUUAAUUUUUUCUAUCUGGUUCACAUGGUAUUUUAACCUUGAUUCUUAAUUUUUUUGGAUUGUUAGCAUGUAGUUUUAAAAAUGAGAAGUAUCUUUGUAUCUUUUUACAGGUGCUUCUUGAGUUACCAUUCUUUGACCAGUAGGAUCGAUUGACUUUGAUACUUCAAUGUGCAGCUUCUGAAACAUGCACGUUUUGUCAAACAUUUGUGAAAGAUGAUUUACUGUACAUUUCUAAUGGUAAAUAUAAUAAAGUAAUUUCAGAACCAA